AUGUCGCGAGCCAUUCUAGUUUGGCUCGCGCUGUGGCCGUGCCUGGCGGCACCAAGGACCUGUGACCGCGUGCGGAAUGUCACAUCACAGAAUUCAGCGCCGCUGCUGCUACAGUGGCCUGGCGCUCGCAUCAGGCCAGCGGCUAACUACAGCUUGAAAGUGGGCAAUGCGACGUCCAUGGCUGACGUGCCAAAACUUUACAUAGCAAAGGUGAAAUCCAUCUUUGCUGCAUGGGGUUGGAUGGGUUCAGUCUCCCUCCAACAGUUCGGACCGGCCGGAGUGCGCAAGUUCUUGAACUCAGCCGUGAUCUUUGAUUGGUGCCUGUUUUCUGUGGCGGCUUUCCUGGCAGUGCUCUGGCGGCGUGCGCAGCGUUCUCCGUACAUUUCGCUGCUGGGCUGGUGUGCGCUGGGCACCGCCUAUGCCGCUGUGAUUUUUGCACGCAUGGGCUCCCACCACGGCUCGAACUGGUUGGCAGGCUAUUUGCUGGAGCUGGUCUUCCUGGUGGAGAACGUGUUUGUCUUUCACGCCAUAGGGGAGGCAUUCCGGAUAUCUAGCGCAGCUGUGGCGCAGUGUUUGGUGGUGGUCGCCUGGGGGCAGAUUUGCUUUGAUGUGGUCUUCUUCAUGGGCCUGGCACAAAGGCUUCGCUCCUUUUGGCUGCUUCCCUACUUGCUGGGCUGCUGGCUGUUGAGCCUCGGCGUCACGGUGCUGCUCCACACCGAGGAGGAGAAGGAUGCGGCGGCUUCGCCAUCCAGCUCGGUGUCGGAGCGCUCAUGCAGCCCGGCAGCGGACAUGCUAAGGAACGUCCUGGCCAGCAGAGUUGAUGCGGAUGGUGAGGAGGAAUCAGGAUACUUGCGGUUGAAGGGCAGGGACCUGAAGGUCUCAGUCCUGAACGUGGCCACCUGCGUCCUUCUCUUGGCGGACUUCCUGCUGGAUAUCGACGUGGUGCUUACCAAGAUCGAGGAGAUCCCGAACUCGUACCUCGCGUUCAGCUCCUCGGCCCUGGCCACCUUCAUGAUUCCGGAGCUCUUCAUCCUGAGCCAGGACAUGCUCGCCUGGUUUCCGCUGCUGAACUACGGCAUCGGACUGGUCCUUUGCUUCUUUGGCAUCCAGAUGGUCUUCGCACAAGUUGUAGAAGUGGAAGCGUUGCUUUCAUGUGGCAUCGUGGUUUCAAUCCUGGCAUGCUGCGUAGCAGCGUCCGCCGCCCGCAGCUUGUUUGAGCCACGCGCAGGCACGCGCCAAGCUUCAGGAGUUCAACGUGAGUUGAGAGAAGGCUGGCCGAUUUGGUGCUUGCCUUGCUCUGGGGUGUGGUGGUUUUGGCUUCCCUCGUUUCGUCUGCUUCAGCUAGGUCGGGCUGGUCGGGCAAGUCUGCAUUUCUUUGGGCAUGUCCUCGUCAUGGUGGGCCGAAGCCAUGUUGCCGCUCAGGACAACAACUCCACAUGGGCUAGACACAUCUUGCAGUGGUCGUAUUUCCCGCUGGUGUUGCUGCUGGAUUUUUUCUUUAUUUUGAAGGGCUCCCGCGAUCGCUCGCGCCACGUGCGCCGGCCAUGGCGUUUUGGACGUCUCAUGUUUCGCAAUUUCCGGCUUGGGGCUGCGCUGCCUGGAUGGCGACUGCGAUCCUGGCGCUUCCAGGGCUGGGAGGAUUGCUACCUGGGGUUCAAUGACCCGCCAGGCGAGAUGCUCCACAUUAUCCUGAGCUUGGUCCGUGCUCGCAUGACGGAAGUUGACCAGCUACUGAGUGUGGCAGGAUCGAUGACGUCAUUAAACCUGCUGACGGCACUGCGGCCAAGACAGAUUCACUUCUUUGACAUGAACCCUUGUGCCAUCGCAUGGGGGAAGAUGCUUUUGGAGCUGAUUGCCGCCUCCAACUCUCGUCAAGAGUUUAUGUCCCAGCUUUUCGCCCGGGACUUGUUGGCUUUCGAGCAGACGCACGGGGGGCUCACCUACCUGAACCAGCACCAGUACCUGGCGACGUCCACCUCUCCAAAGCUGCGAGAGGAAGCGCAGGGCCGCCUCUCGACGGAGGGUGCGGAGGUCUACCGCGAGAUCCUGGCGCCUUUCCAGGAACUGCGGCGGCGCCGGGACUGGCACACGCCGAGGCUGGCGCCCUGCGAGGACCGGCGCAAGGUGCCGAACCGCACCCGCAGCGGCCUGGGCAGCCAGGGCCGCCUCCCCGCUGAUGGGGUGGCCUCCUACCACUAUGGCGAGGGAUGGCUGGCCUCUGAGUGGACCUUCCAGCAGGUCCAGCAGCAGUUGCGCAAGACGCCAGUUCGGUGGUCUGGCGGCCUGGACUUCCCGACAGCGUCAGCGGAGGCCCUUGCUGCGGAGUCGCAGCACGGCGCUUUGCUGUUUUUGAUGGACAUGUUCUCCUCGGAGUUCGCUAGCGCCUGGCCACUGCACCGGGCGCAGCGGCUCCAGCAAAGGUGCGGGGGCCUUUUGCUGGCGCAGAGCAUCACCAGGGACCGGCAAGAGCUUCUGCAGGAGCUGAAUGGCAGCUCUUGGCGCAGCCUUUCAGACUGGGACUCUCAGGCGCUGCUGCCCAGCGAGUUCUGCCGUGUCGGUGUGGACACUUCCCCUGGCUGCCGGCCUCCAGGCCUGUCCGGCGAGGCGCUGCGGCUGUGCCAUCCUUUGCUGCGGCAGGCCAGUGGCGCGGAUCUGCAGUUGCUCGAGGAGCUGACGCGUGACCGCUUCUCCCGCUGCGAAAAGCGGCGAAGCGCAUGUCUGCGGCUCGGUGCGCUCGAGCUGGAUCCAUGA